AUGUCGACACGAGGCCGGAGACAUCGCUCGUCGACUGCGGCUUCAACUCCACCUGAAGCAACUAAGGCUACCGCAGAACUACAAAUUCUUCUAGAUGAUUUGUCUACGGGCCUCCAAAAGCGCGUCGAAGAUGCAUAUCCCGAUCUGCCAUCAAUUGUUGAGCAGGUUCAGGCUAUUCGAGUCUUUCUAAUAGCAUCCUCGCAAACAUCGCGAUCAAAAGAUGACUUUCGACAUCUUCAUGGAUAUCAAAUUUUGUUGAGCACCCUUCGAGCGUUUUCGGGAUUCUAUCAUCCUUCCAAACGGAAUCAGCAGGAUAAAGUUCGACUCUUCGACCUUCUCGAAAACAUAUUGAGGGUGUUGGCACAAACAUUUCGGGAUCAUUAUGGGAAUAGGAGAUAUUUCAAGCGUCGAGUCGAGGGGGGUGGGUGGGCUGCAUUAGAGCAAAUCAUAGCUAGCAUUGGUAUCGGUGGUAGUGAGUCAGAUGUAUGGACUGAAGCGCAGCUCUUUGGGCGGCUUCUUGCAUUCGCUUUGGACGACAAAAGGUUGGAGACUUUAUGUCAAAUUGCCGCUGAAUGCCAUCCGUCAAGAAUCGAGUCAAACGAUCUCGCAGUAUCCGAAGAUGUCAAAGACACGCCAAUUGCACCCCAAGAUCCAGAAUUUAGGCCAGAAAACUUGCAGAGCGAUGAACAAAUUCUCCAAUUGGUGGAGACUCGUUUACAAGGCAUUCUGCGCGAGAGCUCCUUGCUACACCAUGCAGAUAUUGUUCCAGUUAUUAUUGACUUCUGGAAGACCAUACCUCGAGUGCCAAACGUACCGGUAAAUCCAGCUGCAUUGGUGGUUAUACUAACAUUGUCAAAAAUUUCUUCAAUCUCAAAUCAUAGUUUGUUGGCUUUGCAUUCGACAGGAGUAUUAUCUACCCUGCUUCCGCUUGCUUUCGAUAAUGAUUCUUCCUUUGCUGCCACCGAGAGACAGGCCGUUGAAAACUUGUGCGGUUCUUUGAUGUCUCUAGGUAUUAGCUCCUUGAAUGAUGCCCAAUAUCUAGUGUCUAGCCAGUCUCCUAUUGCUAGCGAAUUCUUGCUUCCAAUUCUUUAUGUCGAUGGAGAAUUUGCGGAACAAGUCAAAUGUCAAUAUCCGGCUCCUCCGCCGCUUGCAAAUGCUAGCACAGAUAGUUUUGCCUCGUUCACCUCAACUAGUGCGAAGACACACCCAGUCCAGGCAUUCCUUGGAACUCCACAGGAUCUUUCUACUCGCCUCGGGCGCGGCGUUGUCUUUUCUCGUUGGUCUUUGGCUUCAGCACAUCUUAUUGAGGAUGUGAUCAGCGAUGAUUUGGUAGCUGUUUACUAUCGUUUAGGGCCACGAUACAAUGGAAAUUUUCAAGACUGUAUGGGAUCGUUUCAAACAUACGAGGCUUCUGCAGCUUUGGGAAUGCGUCAGGAACUCAUGCACCCAGGAAAGGAGGAAAAUUCGGAUAUCCUCAACGCUAUACGUGGAAAGGCUAGUGUAUUAGUACCGGAGUCUCGUAUCAUACUAAGUAUUCUACCCACUGCUAUUCUAGGAGAGGAAGAUCGGCUCAAAGGGCCAGAAUCUCAACUUCUAAGGGGGCUAAAUCGGACAGCCUCGAACAACUUAUUUCAAUUUACACAUAAUAGCGGUACCUCUGUAGCUAUCAAUGGAUCUACUCCCGCUAUCAAUGAAGCGCUGACUAGAGCCCACGGCACUGCAAUUCUAACAGGGGAGCCAGUCGUUAUUGUUCCACAAGCUUUGGAUGAUGCAAUGUGGAGGCUGGGAGGGUUCACCACAAUUGGACUGAAGCUAGUCGAAGCCGCCAACACAAAAGAAAGCAUUGUUCGAGCCGUUGAAAAUCUGUUUGAGAGCAUCAACGCAAGUUGGCGUAACAGCGAGGCCAUGGAACGAGAGAAUGGCUACGCAAUACUGGGCGCACUUCUGCGUGGCAAGAUGGGUGCCGGAACUGUCAUUUCGACACGGACGGGUGGCUCUGGCAACACAAAUAUGAGCGAAGAUGAUCGCGAAAAACUUGGAUUUCAACUACUGAGCUUGGUACUAGAUUUUGUUGGCUAUAGCCACGAGAGACCCGAGGAAUCAUUUAUCAUAAACCCUCUUGCAUAUCGGAUACUACUUGUUGACUUUGACAUGUGGCGGAAGACUGCUUCAAUAACUCAACGGUUAUACUAUAAACAGUUCAUUACGUUUGGUGUUAACAGAAUCGUGAAAAGAUUUCUUGAUGCUCUAAAGGCUGAAUUGUUCCCUGUGGAAGUGUUUUCUUCUUUCAUGGAAGCACUCACAAGUUUAGUGAAAUGCAAUAUGACAGCCGAAGUCUUCCGCUCUCUUGCUCUUUUUAUCACUUAUGCAUAUCACAAGCCGACAAGUUCUGCUUCGAGAACGCCAAAGAAUCCUGGAUUGACGAUUCCUAUACGAUCUGGCACAAUAUCAAAAGGUCCAAGAAGACCAACCAUCAGCACCGUAUUCGAUUUGAAUGAAAUGGUCUCGCCGAUAAUGACCAAGAGACAGCUUGGUAAUCGAGUGCUUGAAAUGUACACGGAGCUUCUGUGUGAGAAAGGCACCACGUCAAACAUUCGAAAAUUUGCUAGGACUGUGACAAAUAAGGUAUUUACUCCAGAACGGUGUGAUUGA